AUGACUCCUACGCAGCGGUUUGAUGCCACCAAAAGGAACGCUCUUUGCAUCAACUGUCUGUCGCCUUCGCAUCUCGUCAAAGCUUGUACGAGUGGAACCUGCCGGGUAUGCCAACAGAGACACCAUACGAUGCUGCACCAAAGAACUUUCGCCCCAAAUACUCAAUCGGUCCAAUCCUCCACCAAUUCUUCGUCAUCGGAUUCACCCUCAUCAUCAUCCUCAACUCAAAACCACCAUACAUCGUCUGCUCCACCGAAGAACCAGUCUCGACCAGUAGAAAAUCAAACCCAAGCCACCGCGGUCCCUACCCCCCAAACAAGCCACUUUUCGAUACCCUUCGCCGAAGCUCAACUCAGCGUUCCUGCAACUGUAUUGUUGUCGACAGCUCUUGUGAAGGUCUUCACUUCGUCUGGUUCCCUCAUAUGGGCUCGCGCACUGCUGGAUUCCGGAUCACAGCUCAACUUUGUUUCGGAGCAUCUCGCACAAAGGUUGAAACUACGUCGCAGCAAAGAAUUCGUUCCAAUUAGCGGUGUUGGCCUUUCGACUACCUCAUCUAAACACACCACCAUCAUUCGCAUCCAGUCUCAUCGUGCUGAUUUUGAGGAGAAUUGGAAAUUCCACGUACUUCCGAAGCUGACACUAGAAUUGCCGAAUCAACAUGUUGCCGUCUCCAGAUCCAGUUGGCCAUCCGAUAUUGUAUUGGCGGAUCCGACUUUCAACAAACCAGGUCCCAUCGAUUUGAUUUUCGGCGUUGACAUCUUCUACGACCUUCUUCGUAACGGUCAGAUCAAACCCAGUACCGGAGCACCAAUUUUGCAGAAGACCGCCCUGGGUUGGGUAGUUUCAGGGAAGAGUCAGACGCAGGUACCUUCUACACUAGUCGCUAAUGUCGCACACGUUUCGAAUAAACCAUCAAUCGAGGAUCAGCUGGCUCGGUUCUGGGAAGUAGAGUCUUGCAACAUCAAGAGUACGUAUUCCAUCGAAGAAGCGGAGUGCGAGGAAUAUUUCAAACAAACGACGAAAAGGGAUUCAUCUGGUCGUUUUAUCGUCGCCCUUCCAACUAAACCUGCAUUAAUCUCGAUACUUGGGAAUUCAAGGGAUAUUGCCGAUCGUCGGUUCUACUCCUUGGAACGCCGGCUCAACGCUAGUCCAGCGCUAAAGGAGGCAUACUCUGCGUUCAUACAUGAGUACGAACAGUUAGGCCAUAUGAAGCUAAUAGAUGACUCACUUCCUAGUUCGGGUGCCACCUACUACUUGCCUCACCAUUGCAUCAUUAAACCAGAUAGUAUGACCACUAAAUUGCGUGUGGUUUUUGAUGCCUCUUGCCCAACUGAUAGUGGUCAUUCUCUCAACGAGGCACUGUUGGUUGGUCCGGUUGUCCAGGACGAUCUUUUAAGCAUUGUUCUUAGAUUUCGCAUACCGCAGUUCGUCAUCAUAGCCGACUUUGAAAAAAUGUAUCGGCAAUUCCUUGUACGGGAGUCCGAGCAACCACUGCUCCGCAUCCGAUAG